GAUUCCAUGCAGUUAUAAGGCAAAUCCGAAACUACAGCCGCACACACGUCCUUCCUGUUGUUGCUUGCGCCACCACCCUUCUUUACACAAGUCACCCGCAACACCAGACCACUGGACCCUCUUUGUCACAGCACCAGCCAGUGCAGCCAGCUUGGUUCCGCUUCCUUGAACGGACCAGUGUCGCAGGGUCUUGAUGUUUAAGCCACCUUGUCUGCAAGGGAAAAAAAUACAAGCAGUGGGGACAGUGCACCGCCAUGUCGACGGAAUCGCCACUGCGGCACUUUAGGGUGCUGGAGAAGAUACGGCGCAAGUCCGGCAUUGCGGAUGUGCUGCCGCUGGAGCCGCCCAAGAAGAUGAAGAAGGACAUUCACAUGUUCGAGAUGCCGGCGCACGCUGCUCGAGAGUCCAUGCUUUCCUCCGGCAGUGGCUUCAACAACUACCGUGGUCUCUACAACCUCGCCAUCAUCGCCCUGCUGGCGUUCGGUGUGCGUCUCGUCCUCGAAAACAUUCGAAAGUAUGGUCUGCUGAUUCGACCCGCGACGGCCGUGGACGUGUUCAUGACGCCUGAAGCGCUCUGGGGGUUCUUCCUGAUCCUCAGCCUCAACGUCUACAUCCUCACAGCGCUAUUUGUCGAGAAGGCUGCAGCAAGGGAGACCAUUGGUCCGCGCGUGGCCAGGCUGCUGCACUGGACGAAUGUGAUUGCGUGCAUGGCUGUGGCGAAUUCGCUGAUCCUUGUGAUCCACCCGCCCCCGCUGGUGUCGUUCUUCGCGCUGUUUGAGACGGCCAUCGUGUGGAUGAAGCUCAUCUCGUACGUCGCCGUCAACCAGCACUACCGCGAGAAGAUGCAACUGGAGAACGCCAACAAGCACUCGCGUCGCGGUAGCUUCUCCAACAAAACUGCUGACGUCCGCACUCUUCGACGCCGGCAGACGUCUGCGAAGAAGGAGGGCGGGGUUGAUGGGGCUGCGAACGGUAACGGUGAUGCACACCAACACCAGAAGCAGCAGCAGCAGCAUGAGCACAGCCACAGACAUGAUCAUGAAGGAGGCAGGAACGGGAAGCACUCACGUCAAGGCAGCACUGGCAAACACAAGCGGGGCGGGAGUGAUGGCGCAUCGGCAGCCAUCGCCAAGGAGCAUGGUGGUGGUGGUGGUGAUGGUCAUCAACAUCACAAGCAGAAGCAGGAGAAGCCACGCCCACUUGUGUAUCCGGAGAACUUGUCCACCAAGAACAUCUACAUGUACAUGCUCUUCCCCACCCUCUGCUACGAAAUUGAGUUUCCAAGGACGCCGCGUGUGCGUGUGCGGUUCCUGAUCCGACGCAUCAUCGAGGUCGUCUUCCUCUUCGCCGUCAUUGUCACGCUCGCCCAGCAGUGGGUCAUGCCAACCGUCGAGAACACGUUCAAGGACGGCGCUGACCCGUCCCUGUAUCAUCUCAUCGACCGCACACUCAAGCUCUCUGUCCCAAACAACAUCAUCUGGCUGUGCAUGUUUUACUUCUACUUCCACUCGUUCCUGAAUGCAAUCGGAGAACUCCUCCGUUUCGCCGACCGCCAGUUUUACCGCGACUGGUGGAAUGCGACGUCCAUCAGCUACUUCUGGAAGAACUGGAACAUCCCCGUGCACAAGUGGGCGGUGCGACACGUCUACCGCCCGCUCACGUCGCAGGGGUACACGCGCACGCAGGCCAUGGUGGUUGUGUUCAUGUUCUCGGCAGUGAUGCACGAGGUGCUGGUCAGCGUUCCCCUCGGCCUCUUCCGCAUGUGGUCGUUCCUGGCCAUGCUCGCACAGGUCCCGCUCGCCGCCCUCACAGACAAGUUCCUCGUGGGCACGCCGUACGGCAACGUGGUGGUGUGGUCGUCGGUCUUCUUCGGCCAGCCCAUGGCCAUCAUGCUCUAUGUGCAGGCGUAUCUCCUGCGCCAGCGCGAACAGCAGCUCGAGGCGGCGGCGGCAGCAGUUGGGGACGGGUUGUAGUGGGAUGGAUCGAUGGUGGCGGUGGUGGGGAAGAGUAGUGCGUGCGUGUGUGUGUGUGUGUGUGUGUGUGU